AUGUCCACCACCAAGGCCGGUCAAUCAAGGAUCCCGAAGACGUCGUCUUCCGUACACGACGUGAGCGCGGAAAAACCUCCAUUCGGCUCGAGAUUUCUUACAGACGAAUCUGAUGUCUGGAGUCAAAAUGCAUGGGAUCAUGUACCUCCUCCAGAUGAUCAGGAAGACAUUAUUACCGCUGCUCUAGCGAGACAGAAGCUGGCACCUGUCCCUGAACAUGAGAAAUCAAAGUAUAACGAGAAACCUUCUAGACACUGGCAUGUUGGCUCCCGUCACGUAAAUAUUUACUGGACGAUGACAAAUGUGAUCACUAGGGAUAACUUUUACAAAAUGAAUGCUAGCAAUUUCUUUCGCAAUCGGAAAUGGCUGCAUCUCGAGUUCCCUGAUCUCGUGAAGGCCGCAGAACCAGAUGCAGGAGCCAUCACCAUAGCAGAGAUUGGCUGUGGUGCGGGAAAUGCGAUAUUUCCUUUGUUAUCUGCCAAUGCCAACCCAUCGCUCCAUCUACGGGCCUAUGAUUAUUCGCCCCAUGCGGUAAAGCUUGUGCAAGCCAAUCCGUUGUAUUUGAAUCCACCGAUGGGUUCCAUCAAAGCUGCAGUUUGGGACUUGACAUUGUCCGAGUUACCGCCUGAGGUUGAGCCAGAAAGUGUGAACAUUGUCAUUUUAGUGUUUGUCUUGAGCGCUUUGCAUCCACAAGAAUGGCACAAAGCUAUUACAAACAUACACAAGAUGCUUAAACCAGGCGGUGUCGUGUUGUUCCGAGACUACGGUCGUUAUGAUCUCACGCAGUUACGAUUCAAGGGUGGGCGGCUGCUUGAAGAUAAUUUAUACAUUCGUGGUGACAAGACGCGGGUUUAUUUCUUUGAAUUAGAUGAACUCGCCUUACUCUUCACUGGAUCUCUGGCACCUGCAACCUCAAAGGCGGCUAAUUCGGUCGAGGUCAUGGAAGAUCUCGAAGACAUCGAGGACACUCGGUCUCCGUCUACCCCUCCCGACCAGCCCACUGACCCAGAUCCAUCAGGACUACUCUUUACCCAGAAAUCAGCUUCAGUAACAACCUCCACAUCUGCUUUCGGAGCGGAAGCAAUCCCUUCGGGUUCGAUUCGCGCACUAAGCAACAUACAUCCUUCAUCUCGACAAACGGAAAUCGAGGAGCAUCCGUUAUUUUCCAUAGAACAGUUGGGGAUCGACCGCCGUCUAAUUGUGAACAGAAAGCGGCAGCUGAAAAUGUACCGAGUGUGGAUGCAAGGAAAAUUUCGAAAGCUGGACAAAAAUGAAAGGUAG